UUUUAAACACAAAGACAUCUCAAAAUGUUUCGAUAUAAUUCUAAGAAUUUCUUAUUGCACUUAUUGGUUGUUCUAAACACAUUGUCAUGGACGCCUAUUAUGAGCUUACCGCAAGGUGCACCAGAAACAGUAUGUGAUACAAUGCUUCCUUUUCAUGGAGGAGGAUUCUUACCACAGUCGACAGUACCACCUUUUAAUAUAGUGCCAUCAACAUCAGUGAUUGGACAAGGCCAAACUUUACGUGUUGACAUUCAAGGCGGACCUUUUGGCAUUAAUUUCGGCGGUUUCAUGAUACAAGCACGCAAUCGGAAUCCACCUUACCAAAUUAUUGGACAAUUCAAUCCCACACUGGAUGGGCGUGCAAAAUUAAUGAACUGCGAGAACUCAGUAAACAACUCUGCAACACACAGCAAUGCCAGACCCAAAACUGAUGUAAGUUUGGAAUGGUUGACACCUGUUGAUUUUUUGGGACAAGUUAUAUUCAAUGCAACGGUAGCUCAACAAUAUGAUACGUUUUGGGUUGGUAUACCAUCGAAUCCGGUGCAAGUUGUAAAACGUGAUGUUGCGCCUUCAUAUAGCCCACCUGGUACACGCGAACCCUAUAACCCAACACGUGUUCCAUAUGUACCACUAAAUGAACCGACUACAACUACCCAAAAACCUGAUGAUCCAUUUUAUGUUGGUUGUGGACGUUCUAAAACUUGCUUUGGUUUCCCGGAUAAUUGCGUUAAAGAUAAGUCAUGUAAAGCAGUAGCUUCUACCAUCGUACGUGGAGAUAUAUAUGAGUUCGAAUUGAAAUCAUUUGAAAAUAAUGCAGCAUAUGUGGCCUUAGGAUUGUCUGACGAUAAUAAAAUGGGUGACGAUUUAGUGAUAGAAUGCGUACCACAAAAUGGACAAAUAAGCGCAUAUUCAUCUUACACUGCCGGUGGACCCAAUUAUGCAGCAACUAGAGCUGGAGUACCGCAAAAUACGCAUAGACUUUUGGACUACUCACUUAUUGACGGUGUUAUUUACUGCAAAGUGCAACGUGAGCCAGUAACUAUAGUCAAGGAUAAGAUGUUCGAUCUUAUAAAUAGCAAGUAUCAUUUACUUGUCGCAGCUGGACGUUCGCUCAAAGAAAGUGGUGUAGGCUACCAUGACAUUGGUCGCUUACCAUCUGCCCAACCAAUUAACUUAGCUGUGGUACAGGACCUAUCAGGUUCUUCCGUAUUGCUCUUGCGUUUGCAUGGUGCUUUUAUGAUAGCUGCUUGGAUUGGUACUACUUCUUUAGGUAUUUUGCUAGCCCGUUACUUUAAACAAACUUGGGUUGGUAGUCAAACUUGUGGAAAGGAUCAGUGGUUUGUGUGGCAUAGAGUUUGCAUGGUUACUACUUGGACACUCACAAUGGUUGCCUUUGUCCUUAUAUUCGUUGAAUUAGGUGCUUGGUCCGCUGAGCGUAAUCCUCAUGCCAUACUUGGUGUUAUUACUACCUUUUUAUGUUUUAUACAACCAAUAGGCGCAAUAUUCCGGCCAGCACCAAACUCAAAAAAUCGUCCAUUUUUCAACUGGGCACAUUGGCUAGGAGGCAAUUUAGCACAUAUUUUAGCAAUUGUAACAAUAUUUUUCGCUGUCGGACUGACAAAAGCUGAACUACCACAAUGGAUGGAUUGGAUUUUGGUUGGAUUUAUUGUAUUUCAUGUGAUCGUUCAUUUAAUUUACUCAGUUUUCUUGUGUAUGCAGAUUGCUGGCUGCUCUUCAGAUCGUCAACAGACCCAACGGGUGAAUACUUUCCAAAUGGGUGAAAUGGGUCAUCAUGCUAUGCGCAACGGCAUGAAACUUGAACGUAACAUGGAUGCUCCGUAUGCCAGAUUUCGUAAAGGACUUCUUGGUGUCUAUAUUGUAGUAUUGGCGCUGUUUGUGGUCGCUUUAAUAUUAGUUGUAGUGCUGGCCCCGAUUGAAGAAACACUAAAAUCAUCGCUGUAGAUGGGGAACGAAGAUAAGAAGAGUUUUAAACCUAUUUUUGUUACCGUAUUUUUGUAAAUUUGCUCAAAUGUUUUUAACUACUUGAAGAGUGCUAUUACGUUUUCAUUAAGAAAUUAUACAAUGUAUUUGUUUUGCUAUAAAAUACUCUUUCCCUCCAAUUAUUUAUGUAAAGAUUUUAUUGUACUUUUAUCUUGUUGAUUUUGUAUAUAUGUAAGUGAAUGU